AUGUUCCAUGGAUUGCCAAGUGAAGACCCCAUUGACCACCUUGAUGAGUUUGAUAGGCUUUGUGAUUUGACAAAGAUCAAUGGUGUCUCUGAAGAUGCCAUCAAGCUGAGACUCUUUCCUAUGUCUCUAGCUGACAAAGCUCACCAAUGGGAGAAGAGCUUGCCCCAUGGCACAAUCACCACUUGGGAUGAAUGCAAGAAGGCCUUUCUUGCUAAGUUUUUCUCCACCGGUCGCACAGCCAAGCUUAGAGGAGAGAUAUCCAGCUUCAUCCAGCGAAACAAUGAGACAUUCGCAGAGGCUUGGGAGAGGUUCAAAGGCUACACAAGUCAGUGCCCACACCAUGGAUUCAACAAUGAAUCACUACUCUCCACUCUUUAUAGAGGAUGCUUGCCUAGGUAUAGGGAGAUGCUAGACACAGCUAGCAAUGGGAACUUCCUCAACCAGGAUGUAGAUGAUGGCUGGCAACUUGUGGAGAACAUAGCUAACUCAAAUGGAAGCUAUGGAGAAGAGUAUGAUCGCACUCGACCCACCACUCGAUCGAGUCAGACGAAAAGUUGA